AGCAACAGUCCGAGCAGCUUUCAGAAUGACAGUCUGCAGAAGUGAGCUGAGCGUGUGCGCGGUACGGGGCUCUCCUGCCUUCUGGGCUCCAACGCAGCUCUGUGGCUGAACUGGGUGCUCAUCACGGGAACUGCUGGGCUAUGGAAUACAGAUGUGGCAGCUCAGGUAGCCCCACAUUGCCUGGAAGAAUACAUCAUGUUUUUCGAUAAGAAGAAAUUGUAGGAUCCAGUUUUUUUUUUAACCGCCCCCUCCCCGCCCCCCAAAAAACUGUAAAGAUGCAAAAACGUAAUAUCCAUGAAGAUCCUAUUACCUAGGAAGAUUUUGAUGUUUUGCUGCGAAUGCGGUGUUGGGAUUUAUUUGUUCUUGGAGUGUUCUGCGUGGCUGGCAAAGAAUAAUGUUCCAAAAUCGGUCCAUCUCCCAAGGGGUCCAAUUUUUCUUCCUGGGUGUCAGCGAGCCCUGACUCACUACAGUGCAGCUGACAGGGGCUGUCAUGCAACUGGCCCCUAAGCCAAAGCAAAAGACCUAAGGACGACCUUUGAACAAUACAAAGGAUGGGUUUCAAUGUAAUUAGGCUACUGAGCGGAUCAGCUGUAGCACUGGUUAUAGCCCCCACUGUCUUACUGACAAUGCUUUCUUCUGCCGAACGAGGAUGCCCUAAGGGCUGUAGGUGUGAAGGCAAAAUGGUAUAUUGUGAAUCUCAGAAAUUACAGGAGAUACCCUCAAGUAUAUCUGCUGGUUGCUUAGGUUUGUCCCUUCGCUAUAACAGCCUUCAAAAACUUAAGUAUAAUCAAUUUAAAGGGCUCAACCAGCUCACCUGGCUAUACCUUGACCAUAACCAUAUCAGCAAUAUUGACGAAAAUGCUUUUAAUGGAAUACGCAGACUCAAAGAGCUGAUUCUUAGUUCCAAUAGAAUCUCCUAUUUUCUUAACAAUACCUUCAGACCUGUGACAAAUUUACGGAACUUGGAUCUGUCCUAUAAUCAGCUGCAUUCUCUGGGAUCUGAACAGUUUCGGGGCUUGCGGAAGCUGCUGAGUUUACAUUUACGGUCUAACUCCCUGAGAACCAUCCCUGUGCGAAUAUUCCAAGACUGCCGCAACCUGGAACUUUUGGACCUGGGAUAUAACCGGAUCCGAAGUUUAGCCAGGAAUGUCUUUGCUGGCAUGAUCAGACUCAAAGAACUUCACCUGGAGCACAAUCAAUUUUCCAAGCUCAACCUGGCCCUUUUUCCAAGGUUGGUCAGCCUUCAGAACCUUUACUUGCAGUGGAAUAAAAUCAGUGUCAUAGGACAGACCAUGUCCUGGACCUGGAGCUCCUUACAAAGGCUUGAUUUAUCAGGCAAUGAGAUCGAAGCUUUCAGUGGACCCAGUGUUUUCCAAUGUGUCCCGAAUCUGCAGCGCCUCAACCUGGAUUCCAACAAGCUCACAUUUAUUGGUCAAGAGAUUUUGGAUUCUUGGAUAUCCCUCAAUGACAUCAGUCUUGCUGGGAAUAUAUGGGAAUGCAGCAGAAAUAUUUGCUCCCUUGUAAACUGGCUGAAAAGUUUUAAAGGUCUAAGGGAGAAUACAAUUAUCUGUGCCAGUCCCAAAGAGCUGCAAGGAGUAAAUGUGAUCGAUGCAGUGAAGAACUACAGCAUCUGUGGCAAAAGUACUACAGAGAGGUUUGAUCUGGCCAGGGCUCUCCCAAAGCCGACGUUUAAGCCCAAGCUCCCCAGGCCGAAGCAUGAGAGCAAACCCCCUUUGCCCCCGACGGUGGGAGCCACAGAGCCCGGCCCAGAGACCGAUGCUGACGCCGAGCACAUCUCUUUCCAUAAAAUCAUCGCGGGGAGCGUAGCGCUUUUCCUGUCCGUGCUCGUCAUCCUGCUGGUUAUCUACGUGUCAUGGAAGCGGUACCCUGCGAGCAUGAAGCAGCUGCAGCAGCGCUCCCUCAUGCGAAGGCACAGGAAAAAGAAAAGACAGUCCCUAAAGCAAAUGACUCCCAGCACCCAGGAAUUUUAUGUAGAUUAUAAACCCACCAACACGGAGACCAGCGAGAUGCUGCUGAAUGGGACGGGACCCUGCACCUAUAACAAAUCGGGCUCCAGGGAGUGUGAGAUACCUUUAUCAAUGAAUGUGUCAACCUUUCUGGCAUACGACCAGCCCACAAUAAGUUACUGUGGGGUGCAUCAUGAACUUCUCUCCCAUAAGUCCUUUGAAACGAAUGCACAGGAAGAUACGAUGGAAACACACCUAGAGACUGAGCUGGACCUGAGCACAAUCACAACAGCUGGCCGAAUCAGUGACCAUAAACAGCAGCUAGCUUAACUGAGAUCAUUGGUAGCCAGGGGUUGCUACCAAACUUUGUAACCUCAAGGACAAAAUGAGGAAGAGGUGUUCAUUGUGGACUCUAAAAACAAAACAAAACACGAAAUCCCCUGUUCAAAUAAACAAAAAAUCCAAGAUUGAUUCAUGAAAUAAAGAAGACAUGAAUUGUUUUAAGUCUACACUUUGUAAUUAGCUAAGUUGUGCAGUAUUUUUUGACUUAAACAGAGUAUGACCCUGAAAAAUAAAAGAAUCUUUUUUUUUCAAAACUCAUCCUACCUACCUGUAAAAACUGUACAAAGCUAAUGUAUUUUUCAUAUUGUAAAGUUUCAAUUGUAGAAACAACUGGUAUGUACAGUACCAUAAUUUAAUUACAUUUUACUUUAAAAACUUUACACAUUUCAGUUUCUAAAAUUUUAAAUUAACAAAAAUUAUUUCUUGUGUUAUUCAGAGUUACUCAGUUUUGUAAGGACUGUUUUGUUACUGCUUUUGUGCCCAGAAACCUUGACUCUAAAAUUCUGUGCUGUGCGAAACAUGCACGAUUUUUAUUAUGCUUACUGCGUAGAAUUUUAUCUACUUGUUCCAGAAAUAAUACAUUAACCAAAAAGGAUUUAAUUGUUCAGACUUGUAAGAGGUUCUUCAAUUACAUAGGCAGGUUUUUCUUAAAAAUGAAAAAAAAAUCAAAGAUUUUUUUAACAGUUCUCAGACUUAACUGUUGCCUUGAAUUACAGCCUAGUUUCUAAGCAGUGAAAUGUAAUGAUAAAGAGGGAUAUUUUAACAUAUUUCCGAAUGAAUGACUCAUUAUUUCAUUCUUUUGAGUAACCAUUGUUAAGGGUUGGGGGAAAGCAUGGACAAAACAUCACUGGAAACAAAGGCUGUAACCACAGCAACAGACUUUGUGAUACAGUUAAAAGGUGCAGCUGCCAGUGACAAAUAAAAACUUUUAUUACAUCUCAUUAUUUUCAGGCCAAGGUGGGAGUAUAGUGCAUAAUAAUUGUACAGUAGCAAUUUUUAUCCUAAUUAACCCAUAGCCGUUUACCUAAAAGUAACCGUCAGUCAGUGCAAAAUGUGCCUGGUUCUUAAGACAACUUUUUAUUUAGAACUGUGAGACCGGUAUUUUGGAAACAUUUCAAAGAAAACAUAUGAAUUUUUUUUGCAUUGUGCACUACAUCAUUUCUCUCCUGAGGAAGAAUUUUAAACAUGUACAGCUCAUUCAAUAUAGAUAUGAGCCAUGGUGGAGAACUUUAUCACUCAAGUAGACUGUAAACAUCCUUAAUAUGUUCUAAAUUGUUUAUAUUGCUAUCCAUAAUGGGAUUCACCUCCAAAUUAUCAAAGAAAUAACUCAGAGUAAUUUGACACCAGCCCAGAUCAUAUAUUGAUUAUACAAUUGUAUUAUAAAGUUCAUUCAAAUCAAAUUAAGAAAACCUGAGUCUUUAGAAGAUGAAAUAAUCAACUUGUUUCUGCUGUUUGCUUGACAUAGGUUAUUGUUUGAAAAUAUUGUUACUUUAUCAAUAGUAAUCAUGCAUUCUUGUGUUUUUUUUUAAUGGAAAACUGCAAGUUUCAAUUACUGUUGCACUAGAAGUGCUUUUUAUGUUGUCAUUUUAUAUUCGUGCCAUCAAAAGUAGAUUGACAAUACAUCAAUCUAACAGGGGCCAAUCAAAACAAUGAAGAAAAGAAUAACUGAAAACAAUGUCAAACUUUUAAAUUUUUAUCUCUUCCAAAGAAGUUAUAUCUAUAAAAUCUAGUUUUAUGCAGGUUUGUCACAGCAAAUUUAAAAGCGGAUUCAAGAAGAAUGAACUUAAAAACUGUGGAGCAAAUUUUUGUUGAAAAUAUAUAAAGUCAGAAAGAAAAAAGAUGUAAAUGUUGGAAGAAGCAAAUUCUAUUACUAAUUCAAAUGAAACUAAAUGUCAAACACAGUACUUGUGUCAAUUAUUUAGCAUCCCAGAUUUUGUAACAUAUUUUGCAUAAAUUAUUUGCUCUUCAAAAAUUUUUGUCAUUUUAAAUCUAAUUUUAAUCUUUAUGUUUUCCAUUUUCUAAUUUCCUUGCAAUGUAUUAUUCUUAUUCUUAAUUCUCUACAUUGAAAUUUGGCUUUACAUCGUUAGCAAAUUUAUAAAGGGUUAUAAAGCUAUGAUUCGUGAGUCUAAAAUCAAAUGCAAAAUUUUAUUUAUUAUGUAAACCAAAAUGUCAUUUGCAAGUUUUCUCAUUAGAAGUUAUCCUUGCAAAGAUAGAAAAGGAAGAAUUAAUUUGUGUAAACAAGCACAAAUUAACAUAUUUGUUAAUAAAUAGGUUUAUCUACUAAUAAACCUAUUUCUAGACACAUUCAAAUUGAUAAUGAUUUUUAGAAAUGUUAAGGUUCCAAGGAGUCUUACAAGUGUAUGCCCUUGAUUUCCUGAAGGAAACCACUUUCUUUCUUAAAUAUUUUAAAUUCAUCUAAAGUGAACGACUAUAAAUAGAAGCAAUCACCUUGGAACCACAGCUCUGUGCAACCAAGGCCCUAAGCUACAACAAAUAAGCCAGGAAUUUUGAGACUUCUCAUCUUUAAAUUCAACCAAAAGGGUCUUUAACAAGAAAAAAAAUGCUGGAUGAUGAUUAUUAUUAUUUUUGCUUAAUUUUUAUUCUGCCAUGUCCAGGUUAAGGGUGAGGGUGGUGACAAUCUGAAAGACUGUGUCUGGAAUCUUUAUCACAUAUUUCCAAUUUAUUUCAGUUUUUGUCUAAAACUUGCAUUUCUAACCUAUCUUUUCCAGCAUUCGAUAAUCUCCCAUUUCCUCCUUCUAACCCCCACUCCUAUGUCUCCCUUCCUGUCUAUUCCUCACCGAUUUAAACAACUGAAAUGUUUACUUAUGUUUGGAGUUGAAAAAUGGAAAGUUUCACCCAGCAUGGUUACAAUAACAGCCAGCAGCUGCAGCAAACCAUAAAGUUAUGCAGUGUUUUGAAGUUCACAAACCACAUUUUACAUAAAUUAUCUCAUUUUGUCUUCAUAACAACCCUAUGAAGACACACUAAUCUCAAAGAAGUUGAGCUCUCACCCCAAAACACAGGGCCAAUAAUUGGCGCAGUUGAAUUAUUCUCAAAAUUUACAGGCUGUUAGUCUUUCCACUGUACUAAAAGAUUUCUUUCUCUGAUCAGAGCCAGAGAACUUCCAGAGAUAAUGGAUAGAAUGAAAGAAUAUAUAUCUAUAUAUAUUUGACAUGUUGUUUAGUAAUCCCUAUUUUAAUGCAAUUCUCCAUCUGUAAAAUAUUAGCUAACUGAAUUAUUUCUGUGUUCUACUCUGGGCUCUCACAUUAAAACUCUGUUCAAAAAGUUUAACAAGUCACAUAUUUCUUAACAUACAAGUUCGUUUGUGAAUGUGCAGAACAGAUGCUCCCAAGAUGUGGAUGCAUGUAGGCCCCGAGGUACAGACAUAAAAUCAAGGAAGCACAGGGAAAGAAACCCCAAGCAAAAAAACCAAAGACCUUCUAAAUUGAGACUGCAUAAUUAUAAAAGAGAUCCAUAGUACAGGGUUGAACACAUGUUCAACACUUUGUCAACUGAACACAUGUUCAAUUCGGAGCUAAUUGGGAAGACUUACAUAAAAUUCUUUUUCUUUUUUUCUUUUGGCAAGAUUUCUUCUUAAACCAUGAAAUUUUUUUUACUUGUAAUAAUAGAGAACAAUUUUCUCCAUUCUCCUUACAAGAAAAAUAAAGUAUAAUUUAUCCAAAUUGAUGUAUAGAACCUAAAACAUAUGCUAACUUGCAAAUAAUAUAUUUUACUGAUCAACUCAUUUUUGUCAAGUCUCUAUUUCUAGUCCCUCCUGAAUGUUUUGGAAAACCACGAAACUAUACAGAUUUUUAAUACAAAUUACAUUUUUACAAGGAAAGAAAACAUUCCCAAAUUUAACACUCAAGACUAAUCACAUAAUCCUAUUUUGAACUCAGAUCUCUCUGACUCCAUAGACUGCUUAGAAAUAGUAAAAUCUUUUUGCAAAACAAUAUUUUCUAAAAUAAAACUAUUGUAUAUGAGAGUAAAAAUAUAUUUGUUUUUGAUUGUUCCUGACUAGAAGACAGAUAUCAUCUCUCAAACUAAACACUUAAAAUAAGAAAUUGAAUGCAUGAAAACCAAUACCUGAUGUGAAUUGUUGUUAUUAAACUGUAUAAAAGAAAUGCAGAUGUUCUGGGUAUGUCAGAGCAUGCGAAAGAAGAAGUUAUGGGACUGGCAGGUAUUUGGCCUCAGGAGAAAAGGUGAAAAAUUUCCAGAAUAGAUAUAAUAACAUCUUAUAUUGGCACAGCUCUUAACAGUUUAUAAUGCUGGGUAAUAUAACAAUCUCCUAAUUCAUCAAAAAGUCUCAAGGUGCAGAUGAAUUGGUCUUGCAAUAAGAAAGAGCUUCCAGCUCCUCCCAUGACCUUCCCAAUUUUCCCCAACUGUCCCUAAAUAAGGAGGCGCCAAGUACAAAGGACCCAGGAGCAAUGCUUUCAAAAUUCUGAUUUACCCCAAAGGUAGGGUACCUGGACAAUCAACAAUUGGGCUUCGUUUUAUCAUCAACAUUAAUGGGAAAGAAAUGUUUGAAAAUUUAAAACCAAGCAAACACACACACACACACACAUCAAAGUGGUGGUGAGUCUUUUUUGAAGGUCUCUCAUGACUUGCAUUAUAGUUUUACUGUGAGACAGGAGGCAACUUAUAUUUAAUUUAUUUAGGGUAAAAUUCACAUUUUAAAAAGUCCACCAUUGACUUUUUUAUUCUAUGAAGGACAGUGAUCUUACAGCAGCAGAGUGCCUCAGCCAUCUAGGACUUAGGCUACUAAGUUUCUUUCUCCUAGCUCUCAUUUAUAAAUUUUGUGUUAUAUGAUAUUUGUCUUCCUAAAAAGGUGAGUGAAAAUUUAUUUUGUGUAAAUCAAAUAAUAUUUCAAAUGUAUCAAGAGACCUUGUGAUAAAGGAACCUUGAUAUUGCUUUUUAAUCUAAAAUAUUACCUGCUAAUUUAUCUUUUUUAAAUUGAUUUCCAUAUAUCUUGUGUUAUUAUAACACAGCACACUUGUACUGCAUGGUUUAAAGGUUCUGCAAGACAGUCUUUGCCUCAGUCUAUAGGAAAUGACGGUCUGACUCCAGGUUUUGAGUUGGUCAGUUGAGCAGUUUCAGUCAUUUCCACUUACUGACUUUAUCUGGAUUAAUGUGGAAAAUAGUAGUAAGACAACAUGGAUGGAUAAAUUUGACAAAUAAUUUUAUUUGUUUAAUCUUUUGCCACCUAUUAUAUCCUUGAAGUUACUAUUAAGAGGUCAAGUUAACUCCAAAUCCCUUGUGUCAAUACUAGAUUUACUGAAUCAGAAUCACUGGGAUGGAUCCCAAAAUAUGCAUUAAGACAUGACUGAGGUGAUACUAAUGCAUGCUAAGUUUUGAAAAAUAUUGCUCAAAUUAAUUUACUUUUUCUAAAUCAUUCAAUUGCUUUCUAUUCUAAAGUAAAAUUGUGAAUUCUUGUGCUUUCCCAUAUCAAUGUGAAUCUAGUUUUCUAAGCUUGACUGAACAUUUUUCUUGACUGAGGAAAGCAUACCAAAAGACAACUAUAUAUAAAAUGCUCAGGUUGCUUCCUGACAGACUGUUGUUUAUAGAUUUUAUUCCCCAUUAACUCUUUCGAGAGGCAUAUCUGAAAAGUCUUAAGGCUUCUGGGUUAGUUACUUGUUAGUUGCACCCAUGAAUAUAACAACUGAAAAGCUGGAAGUGGGGAGAAAGGCAGGAAGUAAAUUAUGAUGUAGCAGGCACUAUGCCCUCCUUGUCUCAUUUUUAAAUCAUUUUAGGAAAGAAGUAUAACCACUAUUUUAAAGAAAGGAAAAUAAGGCUCAUAGUAAUUAAAUAAUUUGCCAAGGCUCACACAGUGGGGUUGAAGAUUCAAAUCUAGAUUUGUUAGGCUCUAAGGAUGUGCUCCUACCCCCAUCAUAGCACAUUUUCAAAAGUGAGAAGAGAUUAUAAUCAAUAUAAUGAGGCUUAUAUAUAUCAUUCUGAAUAAUUUAUACAGAAUUAUUUAUUCUGUAUUCAGAAUAAAUUCUUAUUCUGAACACAGCAGAAAAAGAAUUUGCCUAUUUCCAAAUAGAAAAAUUAUCUUACACUGUGUACAGACUUCCUUCGAUAUCCUAAACCAGAGGCCUAAUGGAAACAAAAAACAACAAUAUUUUCUUGAAGUUUUAUACACGGUUUCCUAAAAAGAGUAGACAUUUGAAAGAAAAAUCCUUCAAAACAUAAAUACCCUUGAAUAUUGAUGUCAUAUUUUUAUUUCCAAUCAUCUUAGCGCUUUUAUAAAUUUACAGCCAAAAUUACAGCCAAAAUUGAUAAAGGAAUAUCAAUAAUAUAACCUUCAACUGGCCGAAAAAAAGAGGUCAGGUUGCCAACUUUAGCAAAAACUAUAUGGAUGAAUGGUCAAUAAAGUCACCAAGUACAAAUGACAAGGUGGAGAAAAACACCAAUAAUCUACAGUCGCAAACUGUAGCAAUGACAUGGCUUGAGCUACAGAAUAUUUCCUGUGAGUGAUUUUAAAUGGCAAUAUUCCUUAUAGGAGUAUUAUAACUUACACAGAUGAUAUGGGAUCUGGAAGCAUACUACAUCAAAAGAGGCUGAAAGAUAACCUUUAUAAUAAGGCAGACUCUACUUGUCCUACUCAGAAUGUAAUAUGUAGUUUAAAUAUAAAAUAAAUAUGAUUUCCUUGUUUCAUUACUUUGUGGAGAUGGACAAAUAAAAUUAUUUUUUGAAACGUAUUUUUAAACUCACAUCUUGAAAAACAUCUUCCUCAGUCUCAGCUAUUCACAAAUGAUUCUUAAGUAGACUCUCGACUCCAUUAGUGUCUCAGGAGCUUUUUAUUAAACCAUUGAGUUAUCUCUUCUAUCUCUCCCUGAACUCCACAAGUGCAAGUAAUUCCACUGGUUUAAUUACAUUAGCAUUUUACUCCAUCACAGGAUCUGAACAUAUAGCAUCCAUGAAAAACAUACUUCUAUAAUACACACAGCAUUCAAGAGCCAGUAAAGCACUCCGUAAGUCACGCCUCCUACUAAAAAUGAUCACGUCUAUAACUGUGAUAAAAACUAGGCUAUAAAUUUAAAACAAUAAAUCCAGCAAAGAAAGAAAUUCUAGCACACUGGAUCUAAUAUCAUUGUGUCUUCUCAUUCUGGCACCAUUACCACCAUACAGAAAUGUUAUCUGAAAUAUCUAGAAUAAUUCUGAUUGUGGACAACAAAGAUGCUCCUGGUAUCUGGGUUGAAGAUGUGGUAAAAAACAACAAAGAAGAUAAAAAUUACACAUACCAAGGUAAGUGAAGGGAAUGUGAUUUAUUAUUAAAUAAUCUGCCAGUAAUUUUAAAAACUAAGACCCAUUAUUAAAAUUUACAAUAACAUUUAUGCCAUCAAGUGUCAUCAUAAAGGCUAACAUGGAUAUUUGGAAUAUAAGAGAAAUGUGGUAUUUGUGAUGGCAAUACAUAUUAAAUGAUAGAUAGAUAGAUAGAUAGAUAGAUAGAUAGAUAGAUAGAUAGAAUUAAUUCUACCAAAAGAGAGACUAUUAAGAAUAAAAAUUAGUCCAAGAACUAUUUCUAUUAUUUCUCUAGAGAGAAACUGAAUAGACAGAGAAAAAGAUUUAAACUAAAUGCUACAUGUUCUUUCCAAGGUCAAAUUUGAAAUAGUCCAAAACUAUAAACUCUUGAAUUGCUGCUUCAACCAUAUGAGUAAUUACAUUAAUUCACAUACACCUCGUCAAAACCUGAUGUUGAGAAAUGAAUUGUAAUUUUAAAUAUACUCCAACUGUUCUUGCUGUUUUACAUCAAUGAUAUAUUUGCUUUCAAUUACAGAUCCAUAAAUAUAAUGCCCUAAACAGUCUGAUGAAAAUGUGGUGAAAGAUUGGUCACCGCUGUUUUUCUGUUCUACCAUAAGGCAAUUAUCAGAGUGGAAUGGCCACCACAAUGGGGAGCUGGAAAUAUGAUUUUUAAAGUCCUCUCUAGAGGUCUUAUUUUAUAUUCAUUUAUAAAUUAAGAAAAUUAUUGCCUUGAGGCAAAAGCCUGAGAGCCCAUACCAGCUCUAGUCUGACUACACUUACACCAGAGAGGUCUAGGGAAGGACACUGAACAUCUCUGAACUUGCAUAUUAACUGGAGAAAAGAUUGAGAUCCUUGUGAUGUCAACAUUUUUUCGCCUUUGGAUGUGAUGGAAACUUAAGUUCAGUGUAUUGGACAUCCUUCAAAACUCCCUGCCAGUUUCCUCUUUAACAAACUUCAAACCUGAGUUUCUUGAGCCACCAUUGGCUUUGACACGCAGCUAUUUAAUUAUGAAUCCUUGUUACACUUCUUCAUUUUGUGGAAGAAUUACACACCUGGGGUCGUAGCCCUUAGAGGCUUUUCCCUUGCCUUUGGAUCCAGUUAUGGGAUAAAAUGUGUGAACUUGACAUGACACAUUGGUACUACCACAGGGGGAUUGGAAGAAGAGCCUUCUAACAGAUAAACAUUUUAUGUAAUAUAAAACUGAAAUGUAGUUUGGGGCCACUUCUUUUUAACUUAAUAAUCUGAUAUAGUUUUCAGAUAACUGCAUGCUUUUCUGCCACUGAGAAUAUAAAUACUAUUGUCUGUAAUGAAAACAUGGUUUUGUUGUCAUAUACUUUUGCUUUCUGAGGACAGAUCUCAGACAACUGAUUGUGUUCUGUAAUUACCAAAAAGAAUGUCUAUUUAGUUUCAGAAAGAAUGGCUUAAUGCCAAACACUUUAAGACAAAAUAACAACUAACACUUACUGAAUGUUUACUUUUCUAAGCAUUUUAUGGGUGUUCAUUCAGUCAACAUUAAUAUGACAAACAGAAUUAAUAAUAAUCCUAUGACGUAGAUACUAUUGUUUUUCCCUUAGAAAGAUAAGAAACGGAUGCACAAAGCAAUUAUAUAACAUAUAGCUAUUAAAUUGUGCAGCAAGGAUUCAAAUCCAGUUGACUUGAUAUAUUGAAAAACUGACCCCUCUAACUGCUCAUUUAAGGUCCACUGUAUAGACCCCAAUGCUAAGUUCAAAAUUCUACCUAUUUAAGGCUAUCACUGAAGACAUUUUUUCAAUAUAAUUAAUGUGUUUAUUACAUACCUAAUAUAUGCCUCUUGGAAGGUAAGAAAAUUUUAGAGAUACAUGAGUAUAUGACAUAGUCCCUGUGCCCAAGGGACUUACAGUCUUAGCAAAGAGAAAAGACAUCCAUAUUCAACAGAAAUAAAAUUCAAGAACUAAGUUUAAUACCUGCAAUCAUAAACAGCAGUUAGGAGAAGAUAAAAUCAAAGUUAAUAAGUUUGUUGGGAAUAUCUCAAGGCAAAAGUGAUAAAUGACAUAGAACUUCAAACUAGCAGUGAAUUCAGAUGGGCAAGACAAAGAUGAGAGGGCAGUGAAGGGAGAAUAUUAUAUUUUUAUUUACUAACAUCUAUUAUUCCAAUAGGAUUUGUUAGAUUCAUGCUUCUCUGGAAGAGAAAGACCAGGCUCAAUUUUUGUUAAGAUUAGCAUGAAAUACUGACAUUUACACUCCUGAGUGGACUAGAAGGGGAGCAGGAUGGAAUGAUGAUGGCAAGUAAUUGGACAAUUGGACAGUUUCCAGAAAGGCUUUAAGAAAUACUAUUAAAUCUCCAUCUGCUGAUUGAAAAUUCCAGGUUCAUAAGGUAUAACAAUAGCUGAAAUACAAGGCUUAGAUGAUCUCUACCUUUCCUUUGCAGGUUUGUACCCCACCUACUUUGCAAGAACCUGUGACAAUUUUUUAAUUAAAACAUCUGCAUAAUUAAACAUUUUAGGCUAAUGAUGACAAGAAGACAGGCCAUAUUUUAUUACUUUUGUUGAACUGCCCAGUAUAUAUUACAUUUGCUAUAAACUAAUUACUCAAAAUCCUGCCUUGAAAAUAUCUGUUAUAAUUUUAAAAAAAGAAAAUAAGGAAAAGAGAAGAAAUAGAUUAAAAAUUAACUUAGGGUCUUACACUUAUAAUGAGAUGGUUCUAAGGAGGUAAGACUUAACCUAAAUAAGUUUUCGCUCCUUUGAAUUAGUGGAAUAAAUACAUCUUAAAUUUCUCCAUUCCAUUAGGACAGAUCACAGGUGAACUUGGUGAGGGAGUAAACGAAGAACAGUUAGAGUUGCAGGGUCCUAAAUCAACCACAUGGAGAAUAAUAUAUUACUCUGCUUAUUUUACUCUUCCUCUCCUCUUCACGUUUAUGUCUUCUUCAGUAUUUCCUUCUCAGUUUGAGUUUUAUAUAGCAUAUGACAUACACAUAUGUGCCAACACAAUGUGAGUGACAAGACUGGAAGAGGAAAAGCUUACAUUAAUUUAUCUUGAAAAAUGAAAUGUCCAAUUAUACAACAUUAUAGAGUGCUAAUAGCUCACCAAAUAACAUAAAUAAGAUUAUAUUUCACUCAGUGCCAGACCUGACAACCAAACCUAGGUUGCAAUGUAAGUCUUUCUUUUUUUCAAUAGACUGAAUAUACUAGAGGUUAAGAAAAUUCACACAAGGCCGAAUCCCCUCUUUAAAAAAUCCUUUGACAUUUUUCAUAAAAACAGCUCUUUGCCCGUGGCUCAAUUUAGGACUUUCACAAAUCCCUUGAAUAAUGAAGGUCUUGGUUUUACAUGACUGUUUAUGUGUGGUGUUCUAUGAAAGGUCCAAAGCUUGUUAAGGACGAUUGCUAAAAAAAUUAAAAUAUACCAAGAUUAUUUUUGUCAAACCAAUAUGUGUUAGAAAGUUAUCUAUUGGAGUGUAUUCCAUAUACUUAAUAUAAUAUUAUUAUAAUAGAUGGCAAGAUAAAAAGAAAUCCACUACAGGAUAUUCCCAUUUCUCUCCACAGUCAUGGUAUCAACAGAUAACACACCAGUCUCCCCAGGAUACCACUAUAAUUUAAUACAUGCAAAGUAUCCAUCUAAUUUACCUGUUACUGAUGAGGAAAUUCCAAAAGUAAGUUUCUCAUCAUAGCAAAUUCUGAAAAACUAGCAUUUAAGCUAUUUCAUUAUGGGGUGAAAAAAAUCAUCAUUUAGAAAUAAAAGUACCAAUUAGUAACAAAUUAUGUACAAGUCACUCUAGCACAGUGUAUUUCAAUCACUUCAGUAAUUUUUAGCCUCCCAAAAAAAAGUGUCAGAAAUGAGGCAUGAAAAGCUAUUAAAUGAAUCAUUCACACGUUGAAUAGAUGUUGUCGUCAGUUUGUUCUCUCAAUGGAAAUAAUGAACAACUGAUUUAUUUAUAACUGGUCAUUAUGAUAAUACACCUUCAUGUUCCACCCUUUUCAAUAUAUUAUGGAUAUGUUAUAACUGUCUUAUUUUAUAGCUGAUCUAAAAUCAUAUGCUUCCAUUAAAAUUUCUUCUUUUCCAGGCUUUCCCUUAAUUUUAAUGUUCCUUUGGCUUGGGGUGUAAUUAAAAUGUUUUUACUGA